ACCCCUUCACCCCCCUUCUCAAACACAAAUAUUUUCAUAUAAUAAAAGCCUGUUUCCCUAUGGUUAUAACCCAGCCUCCAUUCCUCCGACACCACCAUUUUAAAGGGGUUCACUGCGCGGACUUCUCCAGAGUUCCUAGGCUUUAUCUCUUUCGGGACCGCGUCUUGUAGAGGAGGCGGCGACGGCGGCGGUGGGGGGAGAGGAAGAGAAAGAAGCGUCUCCAGCUUGAGCCAAUGCAGCCCUUCUGCUCUUCGGAAAGCGCGUCCCUGCCCCGAUGAGCCCCCGCCGUGCGUCCCCGACUGUCCCCCGGCGGGAGUGGGACACGCAGCCCGGAGCCGACGAUCGCUGCCGUUUUGCCCUUGAGGGUAGGAUGUGGUGAAAGGAUGGGGCUUCUCCCUUCCCAGGCUCACAAUGGCAAGAGAAGAUUCCGUAAAGUGUCUGCGCUGCCUGCUCUAUGCUCUCAAUCUGCUUUUUUGGUUAAUGUCCAUCAGUGUGUUGGCGGUUUCUGCUUGGAUGAGGGACUACCUAAAUAAUGUUCUGACUUUAACUGCAGAAACAAGGGUGGAGGAGGCGGUCAUCUUGACUUACUUUCCUGUGGUUCAUCCGGUCAUGAUUGCUGUUUGCUGUUUCCUUAUCAUUGUGGGAAUGUUAGGAUAUUGUGGAACGGUGAAAAGAAAUCUGUUGCUUCUUGCCUGGUACUUUGGAAGUUUACUUGUCAUUUUCUGUGUAGAACUGGCUUGUGGCGUUUGGACAUAUGAGCAGGAACUUAUGGUGAAAUUGCUUUAUUAUGGGUUUAAGUGCUGUGGAGUGGUGUAUUUCACUGACUGGUUGGAAAUGACAGAGAUGGACUGGCCCCCAGAUUCCUGCUGUGUUAGGGAAUUCCCAGGAUGUUCCAAACAGGCCCACCAGCAAGAUCUCAGUGACCUUUAUCAAGAGGGUUGUGGGAAGAAAAUGUAUUCCUUUUUGAGAGGAACCAAACAACUGCAGGUGCUGAGGUUUCUGGGAAUCUCCAUUGGAGUGACACAAAUCCUGGCCAUGAUUCUCACCAUUACUCUGCUCUGGGCUCUGUAUUAUGAUAGAAGGGAGCCUGGGACAGACCCAAUGAUGUCUCUGAAGAAUGACACCUCUCAGCACCUGCCAUGUCACUCAGUAGAACUGUUGAAGCCAAGCCUCUCAAGGAUCUUUGAACACACAUCUAUGGCAAACAGCUUUAAUACACACUUUGAGAUGGAGGAGUUAUAAAAAAAGAUCACAGAAGGAAACCACAGACUCGUUUUAUUGGACUUGUGCAUCUUUGAGCACACACUUACCUGUUUCAGAAAUAUGUAAAAAUAAAAAUGGUGCCAUAAAAGAAUGCCUAGACAUAUACUUUUCUACACUUUAUAAUGAAGAGGGAAAAGUUUCAUAAUAUAAGUCACCACCUGGACAAUAAUUGAUGUCCUUUAUAAUGCUGAGAACAGAUCUAAUACCCAUUUUAUAGCUUGUGUAAGACUUUUACUGAACACAGUUAUGUUUUGAGGUGGCAUAGUUUGAUCAGCAUUUCUGCAUCUGUGUAAACGAGCCAUAUAUGGUGGGACUGGAGCUACAGUAAAGGUUGAUUUACUUCUACCAACUUCUAUUUAAAGUACCAAUUAACUGCUAACAUAGGAAGUUAGACAGUACUAAUGACUUUUACUACUCAGUGAUGUGUUCUUUUGUGGGUGAAUAAAUUAUACAUAAGAAAAUUUUGGAGAUUGGUGACUACUUAAAUGUGAUUUUUACUGGCUACAAGAAUAUUCUUACCACUUACAAGAGCAAACUAACACAUUGUCUUAAACUGAUCAGGGAUCUAUGUGUAUAUAAGUCUGCGUAUAAUUCAGUAGAUUUCAUUUCUUAUAAUGUUAAGAAUAACAAUUGUGAAAAGGAUAAAUUUGCCCUGUAUAGCACCAUUAUUUUUAGCCUUUCUUCUUAAUAGAGCUUUAAAAUUCUGUCUGGGGUUUAUAUUACAUACAUAAUUGUUAAUUUAAAUACUUAACCACUAAUUUUGAAAAUUACCAGUGUGAUACAUAGCCAUCAUUAUUAUUCAGAAUGUAGUCUGGUCUCUAGGAAGUAUUAACAAGAAAAUUUACACUUCACUUAGUUGAUUCAGUAAAGACUUGGAUGCUAUUUUUCUCCUAAACUAAGACUAUUUUGACACUAAACACAUUUUAGAAAAGCUUAUAUUUGCCUUCUCCAAACAAGAAGCAACAAUUUCCAAGUCAAUACCAUUCUAUAGAGAAUAAUGUUCUUUUUCUCCAGGAAAAUGCUUGUGAGAAUCA